AUGUGUGCUUGUGUUGAAUAUUGGAACAACCAGGUUGUGAUCAGCACCUGUAGGAUGUGUUUUUACAUAUUUCCAUUUGACAUUCAGAGUGGCAACAUCUCCUUCAAGUCAAUCAUGCAGUCUGAAGAAGCUGGAGAUGGGGAGACCUUUGAGAAAGUGUGUAGUUAUCAGGAUGUUUUAAACCACCUGAACUUGACCAAAGCCAAUGAGCUGUUCUCCAUGACCCGGCCUGUUAAAGACUACAGAAGGCCUACAGAGGUAUUCUUGAAAGUUCUGCUGUAUGCCAUCCUAGAUGUGAUAACCACCAAAUGGUCACGUGAGUUGAUGCGGACUCAGUACGAGUGGCUGUUAGUUGACAUGACAGUCAUCAAUAAAACUGUUUCUCCAUUUGGAGCUGAGCAGGAUACAAUCAUUUAUACUAUCUCUAUGAAAAGGAGAUCUGUACUGUACAUUGCAAACUUCCUGUUGCCUGUCCUCUUCUUCCUGUGUCUGGAUCUUGCCUCCUUCCUGAUCUCAGACAGAGGUGGCGAGAAGCUCAGCUUCAAGGUCACCGUGCUGCUUGCUGUCACUGUGAUGCAGCUUAUUUUAUAUGAAAUUUUGCCUUCUUCAUCAGACAAGAUCCCACUCAUAGCGGUCUACUGCAUUGGGAUUUUUGCUCUGAUGAUGCUCAGCCUGCUGGAGACGAUCUUGGUGAUGCAUCUGAUGGAGAAAGACUCUCAAGACAAUGAGUCUAUGCGGGCCAAACUGUGGAAGAACAAGGCAGAGCAAUAA